UAUGUCACCAAUACCGUCCCCAAUUCCACCAAAAAAGUAGUGGCAAGUUUUAGCCUCUUUUUUUUUUUUUUUUUUUUGGCGCUAUAGUAUGCGUAAAAAUGAAAUAUAUAAAAUUAUUUUAUUUUACAAAAUUGGGAAGAGUAAUCAAACUACGUCGUUUUUGCCUAAAAAAAUUAGUAAAUAUCAUUUGCAAACCUCGAUCUUCAAUUCUUGUCAAAAGUUGCAGAGCUCUUCCACUGUCACGAAAUAUUAAGACAUAUAUCAUUUACAAACCUCUUCAGUUCUUCUUAAACAUUCUUUGGGCUUGAUUUUCACCGAAUUCAAUAGCUCGUUCAAAGCGUCUUCAAUCUUCACCGAAUCAGAAGACGAUGAUCUUGAGGAAAUAAGUGAAAAAAACAAAGAAAACCAUUCCAAAAAUGAGUUUCCACAUUAUUUUGGAUCGAUGUCCUUCGUUAGACAUUACGAUACUUAUGUCAAACUCAAAGAAAGGCAGAGCCAAGAAGAUGAGGAUGGUGAAAGGGAUGAGGAUCCUGCUAUUCGCUUGUACAAGGAUACACAUUUUAAGGAACAAGGUGGAUUGGCACACGAGAAAGCUAAGAGGAAUUUUUGUGGCCAAACUCAUCCUUCCAUUUUGAAAAUAAGCAUUUCAAUAAGAUGCAAUGAAAGAAAAGGUUGCACAAAAUUCUCAAAAUUCUGAUGAUACGAGUCCAAUCAUAAAUGAUGUUAAGAUAAUGCAAAACCAACUAGGCAUAAGGAAGGGAUAUUGUCGUGGAUUCGGACAUGGUUUCGUAGCUCCAAAGCGUCAACGUGCCUCCUCAUCAUGUGACGAGGCUUCUAGGAAAAGGGCCGAAAUUGAUGAGGAAAGAAAUAUACAAUUGGUAAAAAAGAUGGAUAAAUUUGAGAAGAUGCAUAAGCAAUACCAGCAAUAGUUGCCACCAUGGUUCCUCCAAUAUCAAUAGCAGCAACAGUAACCGUCACUAUGGUUCCACCAACAAUAUUCUCCAUCAGAUUCCCACCCGCAACAGCAGCAGCAACUGCCACCAAUAAGAUGGCAAUAUCAGCAGCCGUCACCAAGCACCACCACAACCACCAACAGAAUGACUAAUGUGAUAAAGAGAGAAAUUUUUUUGGUACACAAAUUUUGGAGCCUUCUGAUGAUCAAUUAGUUGAUUACUAAUUUUUUUUUUUUUUUUGGGUUGUAUUUUGAUGACUUUGUGGAUUUAUUUUGUUUCAUGGCUAGUAAUAUAUUUUUGAAUGUUAUUCUGAAUCUA